AUAAACGGAACUCAAAUGUUGAUCGUCAUUGCGCACGGAAUAUUUCCCGGCGUACCACUCAACCGGAAGUUACAUAUACCGCUCAUGUGGCCCAAUGUUGACAACAAAACGAGUACCUGAAGGAGAAUAACAGGAAUAUACAAACGUCUCCAAAUAAAACAUGUCCGACAACGAAGAUAACUUCGAUGAUGGAGAUUUUGAUUACGCCGAGGAGGAUGAAGGAUUAGAUGACCUCGAGAACGUUGAGGACGAAGAUCAGGAGAAUGUGCAGAUCCUUCCUGCAGGAGAGGGUCAGCAGGCAAACCAGAAGAGAAUCACCACGCCGUACAUGACCAAGUAUGAGAGGGCCAGAGUGCUGGGGACCCGAGCUCUGCAGAUAGCCAUGUGCGCUCCGGUCAUGGUGGAGUUGGAAGGAGAAACGGACCCCUUGCAGAUAGCCAUGAAGGAACUUAAAAGCAGAAAGAUCCCCAUCAUCAUCCGUCGGUACCUUCCUGACGGCAGCUACGAGGACUGGGGCUGCGACGAGCUCAUCGUAACCGACUAGAGAUCGGACCGAUCACCUCUCGGCUCCUCACAUCACGUCCGGCGUCUCACGAGCUUCUACGCUGCAGUUUGCCACAUGUUCACACUGACCUGAGUGAACACUAGUAGAAGAAUUUAUUUAUCCUCACUUGUUUUAAUAGCUGUAGUGCCAGGAAGCGCCACAAGAGGGAAACAUAACUUUUUUUUACUUUUUAUUCAUUCAAUAGUGCUGUGUUGUAAGAUUCCAUUAGUUGUUUUCUUCCAGAGAAAUAAUUUGUGUAAAAGAAAUGUUUUAUUAUUAUUAUUAUAAAUAAACUCUUUUCUAUAAGA